AUGGCAACUGAACAAUCAUCAAGUAUAAACAAUGGGAGUCAGUUAAAUCGAUCCGGCUCAGCUUCCGUGCCAUUGUUUGAGGUCGUCAACAUCCCAAAUCGUCUCGUGUUGGAAAAAGUUUAUUUAAAUGGACUUCAUGCUUUAAGACGUUUUGAAAUUCGAAAUAUAUCGCAAAAUACCAUCUUAGUCAAAUUGCGUUCAAAUCUGGGUUCUCAGAUUGCUUAUCAACUCACUAACGAAAAUCUACCGGAAUUUGAGUCUCGGGAGCCGGUCACAAAAGAAAAUAAAGAGUCAUUAACUUCCAAAUCAUAUUAUGCGUUAAACCUUGCUCCUGAAGAUAAUUCGCGUGCGUCUCUAAAUAAAGCAUCCCAGAAUCCUUUGUGCAAUAUUACAACAAAUACGGUGGCGGCAGCUGCUGCAGGAGCGUUUGGAGAUGCCAACGGGCAUCAAUUCAAUCAGCUCUUUAAUUAUGUGAAUCAUAUAGAUGAAGUGGAAAUUGCUCCGGGAUGUUCCCAAAAAAUCAUAUUGGCCUUUUUACCCGAUCCUCGUAAUAAAACUCGAAGAUCAGAGGUGAACCAUGCUGUUACUCCCUCGUCUGCUGAUGAUCUCAAUAAUCCGUCUUCGGCCUUGAUAGAUAAAGAUGGAGAUGAUGAUAAAAGGGGCAAUGUUAACAUAUUCAUGCAAUCAUCCGAAGAUGAAACUCAUGAUUUUUUCGAAGUCAAUGGUUUACUUUUGUUUUUUGCUUACGUAAUCGACAAACAACAGAUUAGUGAGUCAGCACCAGAGAAGCUCAAUGGAAGCCGCGAAUAUGUAAAUUACUCUGAUAAGUUACAAAAUUCUCAAAAAAUUGGUGAAAACUACAAUUUAACCCGUCACUCAUUAAUUACCAAAAAUGUGGAUUCUAACGAAGAUGGCAUAGCUAUUAAAUCAUCAAAAUCUGAUCCAGAAAUUACAUCCUCUCGAGAGAUGGAACCAGUUAACACGUCAAAGGCGGACUAUCAAAUCACCAUCAAAUUUUGUUCCACAGUCUCUCGUUCAGUGUUAUGGACUGAUGUUGGAGAAACUGGCAUAAAUUUUGACGAUUGCGUGAUAGGCGGCACUUAUUUCAAAGAUUUCACAAUAUGGAAUCGUUCAGAGAUCGAAUUAUAUUGGCUUCUCAAUACAGUAGACUUGUCUUAUUCAGAGCGCGAAGAUUGGAUUAAAUUCACCGAUUGUGACACCGGCGAAUUAUUAGAUAACAAACCAAUACCAAGUUAUUCGCAUAGACGAAUCAGGAUCACUUUUCGGCCCAAAGAAAUCGGCGAAUUCAAUUAUGAUCUACAACUGGAAAAUGCCAAUGAUUCAGAGAAUGUUUUGCAAAGUAGAAUACACGCGGUUGUGAGAUCUGUGUUAAGCGAGGAGUUAUUGGUCAUUAGCAGUGGGAAUGUUUUGGACUUUGGGGAUUGUUGCGCUGGAGCUUGGAGUAAGCAACAAUUGGUUUUAAAAAAUGUUAGCGAGGUACCUUUGGAAAUACACUUUGCGGCAGAAAACGCGGAAAUCUUGUUUCAUCUGAACACCGAUUAUCUAAGAAAAGAUGUAAAAAAAAACCAAAGUUCUAUUGAUAUGGAGGAUUUGUCUUCAUUACAAAAUCAUUUCAAGGACAUCACAAAUGUUGCGCACGGCACGUCGACAACGAAUAAUACCCAAAUCAAUAUAAAUUCUGGUCCUAUCAGCGAAACCAGUUCAAGAGCAAUUUCUCCGAGUCUGCAAAACCAUGAACUCGAAGGAUUAACUUUAUCUACGGAAAAUACAAGUGAAUCUCCAUCGGAGGAUGUAUCUAGAUCUACCAGCAGACAUCGGACGAAAGUCGCCGACGAUCCUGAUACCGAGGAAUCCAUAGGAGAAGAUGUGUCGGGAAGCGGUUUCUUGAUCAAGGGUUCAACUGAAAAACCAGAAAUUGGCUUCAAGGCUGAUAAGAUUGCUCGAAUAGAUGAAGUCAUUUUAGGUCCUGGUAAAGAGCGAACAGUUCAAGUGUCUUAUCACCCAGAGAAAGAUUCCUCAGCUAAUGACUUUAAGGCAGGAAAACUUAUUCGCAGGACAUUCCGUAUUAUCGUUCAAUACUCUCCUGUCAAUUCGAGCCAAGUGGGCUUACGCUCUGGUGGUCAUGAGCGUAAAAUCAUUCAAUGUAAAGCUCGAAGUUGCACGCCCUUCAUCGACGUCAACCCUAAGGAAGUGAACUUUGGGGAUACGGAUGUUGGCACUAAUAAAUCAUUACCCAUAACGAUUACAAAUUUAUCAGAAUUGACCGCUCGCGUAGAACUUAAAUUUGUUUCCAAGGUGCUAUAUUGUGUGAAUAACAAAAUUGUUAUUCCGCCGAAAAUGUCAUCUGAAGUAAAACUCACCAUGUAUCCCAGGAAGGUGAAUGCCGAUUAUCGAAAACAGAUUACCGUUGUCAAUCUGCAAAACCGGGAUGAUGAUCAGAUUAUUGAGGUUAGGAGUACGAAUAUAGACAAAAAUCGCGUGACAUUUCAUUCUCUGUUUUAUCGCAUAUUAACGUCGACUGGUAGCAAUUUUAUUGAUUUCGGAACGUCAGUUUUAAAUUCGCCUAGAAUAAGAACUUUCACAAUAGACAACAUCAGUGUAAAGAAGUUGGUCCUGGAGCUCUCGUCAUCUUCACCAGAAGAGAUUGUCAUAUAUCAUAAACGUCCAAUAUAUGAUUACAUAACGAACUCGAGCGAUGCCCAGACUGCAUCUCUCUCGAUCGAUGAAAUUGUUGAUUCUUCUAGUAAUGUAGAAAGUGAUGCCAGUUCCUCUAAAAUCGAAAGAAGAGAAAUGCUCCUGGAGUCAAUAGGGAACCGCCGAAUGCCAAAAAAUCAUUCCAACAUUGAUGCAAUUGGUAUAAAUACGAAGCUGAACUUAUCCACCACUAAUGCCACAUUGAUAGCGGGAGAAAUUCAUUCUAAUAUGUCUAUUAAGAGGUACAACGCCGCUACAUUUUUGGACGGUCCAUUGUCCGAUUCAACGCCUUCCAGCGCGGCCUAUCUUGAUCUGGCUGGAUCGUCGGACAUCGAUCCUAGACGUCACUCGCGAAGAAGACCGGCGAAGUUAAAAGUAGGUAAAACGUCUGGGGUGAACUCGGUCAUUGACAGAAUAAAAGGCGGCUCAAUUACGGCAGUUCAUCCAUCGAUUAGCUCAAUCAGUGCCACCGCGAAAAACUAUUCACGUGGUUUUAAUGGUGUUCUAACAAAUAAAACGAACGAUGAUUCGGUCGAGAGUGUUUCCUUCAGAAGUUAUCCGAAAGGUGAAGACUUGUCGAAAAUAUCUGACAUUCCCGUCGAAUCCAUUAUUGAAAUGUUUGAACCCAAGAAUAACCCGUUGCCGCUAAUAUUUCCAAAGCCAUCUGAUGAGGAAUCAUACGUGCGAUUUCAGAUGAGGUUAUUGCGGGAAUUAAAUAAUCGCAUACGAGAUCAUCAGAUCGUUCCCGUUAAAAUCGUGGAAAUCCCACCCUCGGAAGAAUGUCAAAUCAUCGUGGUAUUUACUCCAAGGCCGAAUCUUCAUUCAAAUGUUCAAGGACUGCCAAAGAAAUUUGAUUCACGAGUGAAUAUUCGUCUGAUGGAAUUUGAUCGUGAUAUACAGCAGCCUCAAUUUGACGCGCUGCUUCACGGCGAUCAAAGUCAAAUUCCUGUCAGGGAACUCAUGGUUAAUGCUACGUUAUGCAGGUCAAUUAUGGAUUUGGGACAGAAGAAUAUUAAUUUUGGAUUAAUGGAUAAAAAUGAGCGUCGAAAUACGACCAUACUAAUUCAAAACCGUAGCGAGGUGCCCCUCUUAUACUAUAUCCGUAAAUCGGGUUCGAUAGCAUCGGGAGACAUUACAUUUGGAAUCGGUCGUUUGGGGGUAGUUCGUGGGUAUAGUAAAAAAGAAGUGGAAUUUUCUUUCGAACCUAGCCUUUCGGGACUUUUUCAUGAGAAAAUUGGGAUAGAGAACGUUCGAGAUCGCGAGAAUAGUCAAGUACUUUCGGUGAAGGCAAACAUACGAAAGCAACACGCCUUCUCUAUUCAAAGUUUGAAUAUGAAUUUUGGAGCAUGUCUCAUCAAUGAGAAUCCAUUGAAGGUUCAGCAUAUAAUUAUCAGUAAUACGAAUAAACAACUUCGCAUGAUCGAGGUUCGAGUCGAACCCCAGGAUCUAAAGUAUAAGGCUUGCGUAGGGGAACUGGAUUUCGUACUACAAGAAGAAUUUGAUGGUUCCUCCCUCAGUGGAAUUUUAAGUAAGGAGACUGAGGAAGAAAUUGAAAGUUUGGAACAAAAAGUCAAAAUCGCUAAACGUAAGGGACGAGAUGACAAGGUCAAAAAAAUCGAAAAGAAAUUGGCAAAAUUAAGACGAGGUGAAUCGGGUAAAAAUGAUUCCGGGACGGAAACCGAAUCCGUGGAUGAAACUGCAUUUGGUACAACUUACGAAAUUGCGACGAAAGAAGAAAAGGUUGAUCUUCUUAAUGACGCAGUCAAGUCACCCGUCGAAGAGAUUUUUGACCGUUCCGGUGAAAAUAGUAGAGGGCCCAGUCGACCGCUGUCACGCGCCGACAAACCCACAGAUCAACCUAAUAAACGAAAUGUCAAAUACAAAAAGACACAAUCAUCAAUAAUUUUUCCCUUGGGUCCACGAACGACGAAAACGAUUUCCGUAUAUUUUAAGGCGACUAGAAUUGCCACCGAAGAAAUCUCCGACCUAAGGCAGUCCCAGGAGUCGGUCACUGGCCGGGUGUAUGUGCAUGAGCACAAAAAUCAAGAUAUUGUUAAGAUUGUCAUGUUUCAGGCCGUCGUUUUUUACGAUUACUUUAGUUUUUUGCGAGCUCUGAAUGAGGAAACAUAUAAUGGUGCAGAAAAUCAGACCGAGUCAGGUAUUUCCAGCCCGGUUCCCGAAUUUUCAAGCUUAACCACCGACCUUCCUGAUCAAAUUGGAAAAGAUUCGUCGUUCGUAUUGCGUAAAUUUCCUAAUCUAAUCGGUUCCCCCUUGCUUCAAGGAUAUGACCUAAUAACAACCUCGACAUUCAUGUCACAAUCACCGGACACUGAGCUAUCGCAAUAUGAAUUUCCAAGUUCAGAUGCGUCGAUCCACGAAUCGUCACCUGAGAAUUUGGUUCUGGAACCGACCGAUCUUGAUAUUGGAAAACUUGAAGUUAAUCAGAGACAUAAUUGUUAUUUCAAGUUGAUCAAUCGUGGAGACGAGCCUUUAUGCUACAAAAUAAUAAUUCCCGAAGAUGAAAAAAAUUUUUUCCAAUUUACCAAGCUUCAUGAUAAAUUAGCCCCUCAGGAAACACGUCGUUUGGAUUAUGCCGUAAUCGCCGAAAAAACGGGGCGCCAAUUACAUUCGGUAAUCAUCCGGAAUUGUGGAACGAAGUCCGAAUUCCGGUUCACGCUUCACGGAUAUAUUCAUCAUCCUUAUUACUUGCGAUUUCCUUCACUGGGAGAUGAUGGUCAAUCAGAACUGGAUCUAGGAUAUUGUUACGUUGACCCAGGUAGAAAGUACUCCCAGGUCACCCCCCUGUUGGUAAAAAACAUUACUGAAGAUGACGUCUACAUAACUUGUCAAAGCAACCUUUCUUUACAAGUUUCAGUAUUUCUUGAUGAAAGUGGAGAGAAGGGACAGGUUGUGGGGACCUUAUUGAAGAAAAAAACAAUGAUGACCGUUUGGGUGGCUUUGCAACCAAAUCUACUCACAAGAAACAUAGGUCUAAACGGUGGGACAUCGAAUUCAGCGGGAAAUUCCGCUACUGACCGUAAUGUCAUUGCGAACGAUGAGUGUCGCGUGUUAAUAGGUGGCAUAAAGUUUUCAGUUCAGGUUAAGGAACCUCAGCGCCCGCCGAUUCCGGAGACCAAUAGUGCAGAAGAACUGAUCACUGUUACUACACAGACAGUCAAAUUUACAUCUCUCAUAGGUCGCUCUGUAUUUUCAGUUUCUGAGAAGUUGAUAAACCUUGGCACAACUUCAAAUAUUGGAGAUACUUUUUAUGGAUCAUUUACUAUCCGCAAUUUAUCUACGCGUCUUCCGCUGGAAUAUGCAGUGGAAUGUCCUAAUGGCAACAUAAUAUUGGAUCACCCUGGUGGAACGCUCGAAGGCCGGGACUCGUCAAUUGAGUCUCGUGAAUCUUUAAGACAGAAUGAGAUUCAGGGUGAGAGUACCAUCUGCUUGCCACCAACAGACAAUCUGUCCUCGGCCAUUAUCAAUUUUCGUGUUACCUCUUCAAAAUUUGGGUUUUUCCGCGACAAAAUCGUUAUAACAAACAAAAACAAUGCCGAACAAGUAUUUGAAGUUGAAGUCUACCUAUUUGUUGACAACUGCAUUCUUGAUUUCUACAUCAGAGACGAGUUUACUUCAUCCAAAUCUGCUAAAGUCGAACUCGUACAUUCAACUGGGGAACCCUCGAAGGAUUUGGAGAAAUUGCCUUCGAUUUCGUGGGAUGACAUUGCCGUGUCGAUUACCGAUUAUGAUUUAUUGACCAAGGACAUGGUUCCAAAAGUUGUCAUUCAAAAAGGAUAUCAAGCCGCAAACAUUCCAGCAUACGAACAAUGCGUGGAAAUUUUUAAUAACUCGGAAUCCGAAGUCCUAAAAAUAGCACCUCGUAGCAACUUGGACGUCAAAGUUAGAUGGGGUCCCUUUGGAGAUUCGAGAGCAUUCUCAGAUGAGGAAUUAAAAGAAGAUGACGGUCGUUCAUUCAAAAUUUGCGGUCCUACACUUAAGUUGGAACCAAGGAGCAAAGCAUACUUUUACGUCAGCUGUCCACAACCUAAAUCUUUAAAUCGAGACGAAAUCAAGAGAGUUGCAAGCGGAAAAAAGGUCAACCUCAAAGGUGUAUUUUUCCUAGAGGACCAAAUCCAAAAUGUAGUAGUGAAAUUGGCGUGCCUUAAUGCUUCAUUUUGUGUUCCCAUAGGAGAACUGAACACGUCGUGUUUAAACGUAGGUCGAAUAGGGUAUUCCAAUUCAUGGUCAGGAGUGAAAUUUCAAUUUAGUCUUAGAAAUAUAUCAGACAUACCUCUACACUAUGAGUUGCAAAGUCCCGAUUGCAUUGAAAUUUUAGGCUUUAUGAAUGGAGGUUCUACCGAUGAAGUCAAUCAAGGAGUGAUUGUUUUGAAACAGACCUUGGAAUCACAUGUUGAUCGAGUGGUCACUGCGAUUCUCCAACCCCGUCGUAUCAACGACUUUACUGUUGGCGAACGAAUAUUUGAUGUCAAUGUCUUGAACAUGUUUAAUCCUUUGAACACCUUGACCUUAAAAGUCGAGGCUACCCUUACAUUGUUCGAACUUAAGUUUGAUCGUCUUAUCCAAGGGGAACUUGUAUUGCCUACUCUUUAUCAUCCUUUUCCCCCAUCGGAUCUCCCUUGUGAUACCUGGUUCACCAUCAUUAACAUCAGUGACCAAGAUGUUCGAUUUGAAAUUAGCGUAGAACUCGCUCCGGACGUGCAGAAAUUCGUUAAAGUCGAAGUCCUAUCCCGUUUCUUGAAUUCACCUCUAAUAGGUGGUGUAUCCAUAAGUGGACUCGGAACGAUAGAAGUUAGAGUGAGAGCAUAUCCUAUCGAGAAUGUUCGUAUUCCUCGUGAAUCUUCUUAUCUAACCAACAAUGACGGCGUGACUUUUGGUAAACUUCUGGUUGCAACCAAGCAAAUUAACGAGGACGAUCGAGUUCAAAAAGUGGCAGAGAACAUACCUAUACGCGGCUUCAUUGCAGAAUCCCCUGCAAUAUUUUCCAUAUCACCGAAAAAUAUUCUAUUCAAAACAGCAUGGUCCGUCUCGGAAAUCGACGGUGGAGGGAGGUGUGAUUUUGUCGAGGAAUCAUCGACUCCCACAUCAGAACUCGGGAAAAAUUUGCAGAUGACCAAAGACUGGCCUGCUCAAAAAGAUACGAUCGUGAUAAUUAAUCAUUCCGAUAAAAUUCCUUUGUUAUUUAAAGUUCAAAUCGAAGGACCAAUGGAACUAUCGGCAAAGGAUAUUAUAAAUGUUUCGCCUUUGGACGAAGAUGGUUGUGGGAUUGUAGGGGCUAAUCAGAAACUUAUAUUAGAAGUUAGUCUUAUAGAUUUAACUGCAGCCGUAUCCGAAGACAUUAAAAUUCACAUAUUCGAUUUACAAUCAUUAUCCAAUCAAAAGAAAACUGUCCUUGUCAGUAUAGAGUCUGACACGAGAGAACACCAUGCCGAGUCAAAGAGCCUACAUAUGAUAGAAGAAGUUUCUAUUCCUCUAUCGUCGAAGAUCGUGAAAUUUACGCAGAAACCGUUGGUUCCCUCAUUGGAAAGAUCUUUUUCGUCUCAGGAAUCUCGCAAUGGAUUGCCUUUUAUCACCCUUCGAGGAUGUAAAAGGAUUGGAGAAGCGACAGAUGUGGGAGGUCGAUAUGAGCUUGACCUUGGACAGCAGGACCUUGGAUCCCCGACCGUUAUUAAAAAAUUGACGCUUGAAAACUCAACAUCUCAGCAAAUUGAUUAUCGCUUGAAGACAGUGUUUGUGAACGAUAAGAAUUGGUUAAACAUAAGUCGAAACGAAGGAACUUUGGAGGCGACCUCGGAAGAUCACAACCGACAGUACAUUGAUAUUCAUACCGUUACGCUUAGUUUCUCGACGAGCACUCGAAACGUAUAUUCGACUUACCUAAUAGUUGAAAAUUUGAAAAAUCCAUCGGACAUAAAAACCAUCCGGAUUCUAAUGGAGGUUGUUGCUCAUCAAAAUUUGCGGCGAGGGGCAAAUAUCCCCCUUCCAAAUAAUCAUGUGUUCGACGUGUACGUUAACGGGGUGGAUAUCAGUCAAACGCAAAUUGAGAUGCUAAAUAUUUUUUAUGGUUAUGAGUAUACUGCAAGAAGCAUGCCCUCACAUGAAUUCCAAGAACUUUUUAAUCAAAGGAAUCCUGAUUUGAUGGAAGAAAAGGUGAUUGAAAUUUAUGUGAAUUGUAGACUCGUAAAGGAUUAUCAGCAAAUCGUCAUCCUCAAGGCCAAAUGCAAAAUGCCUUCUUUACAAGUGGAGUAUGAAGAAAUCGAUGCAUUUAUAGGCAAAAUUUCGCGACGAGACGUGAAUUCUAAAGAAGAAGAUGAAUGGCUAAUACAAUUUGACCAAGCACUUCGAGAAAUUAAGAUCAAAAACCUUCUUAGCACUCCGUUGGAAUAUGAAAUAGUGAAUGACACAAUGUAUUUCACUUUGGAGUUUCCCACAGGAAAUAAGGUGGUAACCUCAGAAUCGUUUCAUGAUGUCAUAGCCAUCAGAGAAUUAUUGGAUAGCACUGCGAAUAAGUUUUGGAUAUAUUUCCAACUUCCAGGAUAUAAAGUAUCGUACGCUUUUAGCACGCUUGAAAACCAUACUGUUCGAUUUCUCAGCGAUUUCAAUCAAAACACUGACCUUUUCGAGAGACCCGAGGAUCCGAAGGACGAGCAGGCCAAUAAGAAAAUGGUGGACCUCAGAUUUCAAUACUUCUUCAUAAUAGAUCAAUUGGUCUACUAUGCUACCAUUAAAACGAGCGAAAAUUGGUUUCAACUGGCUAAACGGUACUUGGGCAUCAAAUAUUUCAAAAAAUUGGACCAGCACAUCUUCAAGAACCCAAUUCUACACACAUAG